GUGAGCUGGUUUGGUGUUAGAGUUAUUAUACUGUAUUAUUAGUUAUUAUUGUUAUAGUGAGUGAGUGUGUGUGAGAGUGAGUGAGUGAGUGAGUGAGUGAGUGAUGUCGGGCUACACGGCGGAGGAGAAGCUCCGGCUGCAGCAGUUAACGUCUCUGCGGCGCCGCUGGCUGAAAGAUCAGGAGCUCAGCGCCCGGGAGCCGGCGACUAAACCCGCGGCUCCGGGCCGAGUGCAGGCCUUCUGGAGCUCCUUCCUCCAGCCUCAGUCCCUCUGGAGGAUCUACGCAUUUAAGGCGUAUAAUGUGGGUGCGUUUGCGCUGACCCGUGUCCUCAUUCCAGCCUGGGUCGUCCACUACUAUGUCAAAUACCACCUCAGUAGAAAACCGUACAGUGUGGUGGAGCUGAAACCCAGACUGUUCCCAGGUGAUACCAUUCUGGAGACGGGAGAGGUGGUUCCUGAGCUGCCCGAGACUCACGGCCACGCCCACCACUGAGCAGUGCUCCUGUAACAUGAACACCUCUGUACAUACUUCUGUAUCUGAUAAUAAAGAGCUUUACACACGC